CAAAGAUCGUCCGCACGAGGCAAUCGUCCGAUCGACCUGUUUUCCAAAGGACAGCGGGUUUGUUGAGCUCUCAAAUAUGGCGGGCGACCACAUUGCUCCCUGGAAAACGGCCGCGCAAGGCCAUCUAACGGCCGAUGCUAACGGGGAUCCCAAAACGGACUAUUCUAGAUGGCGUCUACUGGAUGACCGUGGCCGUCAAACUUGGCAUUAUCUGGAAUCGGACGAGGAGAAUGAAAAGUGGCCUCAAUCAAUUGCCGAUAAAUACUUUUUAGGUCUUCCUUUGGAUCUUCCGGCAUUGCCAGCCCCCAAAACUCCUCUGCAAUGCGCUGAGAACGGCUUGGAGUUCUUUUCUAAGCUGCAGCUACCGCCAGGGAAUUGGGCCUGUGAGUACGGUGGCCCGAUGUUUCUGCUUCCCGGGAUCAUCAUCACCUGGUAUGUUACCAACACGCCAAUUCCCCCGGAAUAUGCGACGGAGAUUCGAAGAUAUCUCUUUGCUCGCCAGCACCCAGAAGAUGGAGGCUGGGGCCUUCACAUCGAGGGCCAUAGCUCCUGUUUUGGCACUUGCUUGAACUACGUCGCUCUACGCCUGGUCGGCACCAGCGAAGAAGAUCCGCGAAUGAUCAAAGCGCGCGGCCUGCUGCAUCAGUUCGGAGGUGCACUUUAUAGCCCACAUUGGGCAAAAUUCUGGCUCAGCAUCCUUGGUGUCAUGGAAUGGGACUGCGUCAACCCCGUUCCUCCCGAGAUCUGGCUUCUUCCCGACUGGGUUCCGUUUGCCCCCUGGCGAUGGUGGAUUCACAUGCGCCAGGUUUUCCUGCCCAUGUCGUAUCUCUGGUCCAAGAAAUUCAGCCAUCCUUUGGACCCCCUCACUAGGCAGCUACGGCAGGAGUUGUAUACGGAACCAUACGAUUCGAUUGAUUUCAAACGCCAUCGUAAUUCUAUCCACCAAGCCGAUAACUACUACCCUAAAACAUGGCUUCUGAGCACGGUUAAUCUCCUUCUGGUCAACAUUUGGAACCCCUACCUUCGGCUCCCAGCCGUGGUGCGCCGGGCAGAAGACUGGACCUGGGAACUCAUUCGCAUGGAAGACGAGAACACCGAUUUUGCCGGUCUUGGUCCCGUGAGCAACCCCAUGAACAUGGUGGCUUGUUAUAUUCACGAUGGGCCCGAUAGUUACUCGGUCCGCCGCCACCGGGAGCGCCUUCAUGACUACAUUUGGGUGAAGAACGAGGGUCUGCUUUCCAAUGGCACCAACGGUGUCCAGGUAUGGGACACUGCCUUCAUCACGCAGGCCAUAGUUGUUGCCGGGUUUGCCGAUGAUCCCAAAUGGCGCCCAAUGCUUACCAAGGCCCUGGAAUUCCUUGAAGACCACCAAAUCCAGGAGAAUGUCCCUGACCUUGAGAAGUGCUAUCGUCAACACUGCAAGGGAUCCUGGCCCUUUAGCAACAAGACGCAAGGGUAUAACGUGAGCGACUGCACUGCGGAGGGCCUGCGAUCCACUAUCCAGCUUCAAGAGAUUCAUAACUACCCGAAACUGAUUUCCCUACAGCGGCUCAAGGACAGUGUCGACUGCCUGUUACUGAUGCAGAACCCUUCCGGUGGAUUCUCCGAGUACGAGGUUACACGCGCGUCUCCGAAGAUCGAGUGUCUCAAUGCCGCCGAGGUGUUUGGAGGCAUUAUGAUUAGUUACGACCACCCCGAGUGCACCACCGCCUCCGUAACCGCGCUCUCGUUGUUCAGCAAAUUUUACCCCGACUACCGUGCCGAUGAUAUCAAGGCGGCCAAAGAAAAGGCAGUGCAGUAUAUCAAGCGCGUCCAAAGACCCGACGGGAGCUGGUAUGGAUCCUGGGGUAUUUGUUUCACCUACGCCGCCAUGUUCGCCCUGGAAAGUCUGGCGAGCAUUGGCGAGACAUAUGAAACCAGUGAAUACUCCCGCCGAGGGUGCGAGUUCCUCCUCUCGAAGCAGAUGGAGGACGGCGGGUGGGGAGAAUCCUACCUCAGCAGUGCGAACCACGUCUACACCCAUCACGAGCAGUCACAAGUCACCCAAACCGCAUGGUCAUGUCUUGCCCUGAUGGAGGCCGGAUACCCCCACAAGGAGCCGCUUCAGAAAGCCAUGAAACUGCUCAUGUCGCGGCAACAGCCGAAUGGAGAAUGGCUGCAGGAGGCUAUUGAGGGGGUCUUCAACCAAUCCUGUAUGAUUUCUUACCCCAACUAUAAGCUGUACUGGCCCAUUCGCGCGCUGGGGCUUUACAGUCGCAAAUUCGGCAACGAAGAGCUCUUGUGAAGGACGGACGCUAUGCUUCCAGAAUAGGGCAGUUUCCAGGGACCUCCGUCUCUUGUAAGUAUAUGUAUCUCUAAUUAUUGAAUGGUCAAAUCCUUG